AUUGCUCGCAAGUUCCUUCGAUUUCAGCUCUAUUCUGUCCAGCAUUUGACCAAGCAGUCCAACACGAUGUCAUCGACCACUACCACCCCAACUCAAACUCGCACACGGCAGAGUGUGCUGAAGGACUACGAGUUGCACCAUUCGCCUAGUUCUUCCAGGACGGUGUCCGGCAGUCCGGCAGCACCACCACCGACGCCGCAGGCGGUUCCCCUGAAUCAGCCACAGUGGGACACCGUCCAUCGCCGAGUCCCUCCGUACCGGCCCAUCAACAGGGAUCGAGACCAAUCUGACGUCCGAGUCUACACGAGCCCCAUUGAGCGCGUCUUCAUUGGGACUAUGUUUACCGGUGUCUUGGUUAAUUCUACGGCGGCCAAGGUCUGGAGAGGAACGGUUGGAAGGUGGAAUGACGGCGUGUUCAAGUACGCAAUUGGCGGGGAGAUAUAGGUGUUAGCUGCAUCCUAGUGGAAUUGUUGCUCCGUGUGUAUGCGCU